CGCGUCCUUUUACCCUUUUGAACAGGUCACCCCCCACAUCGCCGCGCACGCUAUAAAGCGCGCGCAUGGCAAGCCACCGCCAGAGUGGCACACCACCACCACCGCUGCUGACUUCAUCGCAUCAGAACCACUGCAAUAACCACUGGGUGCGCGCGCGCGUGCAGCGGCCAGCGGCUGGAUUAGCUCUACGAGGCACAGGCGCGCGCCAUGGGCAACGCCGCCGCGCGGGGCAUGCGCCACGACGACUACGCGACGGCGGCGGCGGCGACGGGCGGGAGGAGGAGGAAGAGAUGCUCCAAGAACACGGAGGCCGGGAGCGUGCCAGCAUCCGUGCCCGGGCGUCGUGGGGCGGAGCACUCGGCCGCCGCCGCCGCCACGGGAGUGACGGUGAAGGUGGUGCUGAGGAGGAAGGACGCGGAGAGGCUGAUCGCGAGGCUGAACGAGCAGAGCGCGAUGGGGCGGAAGGCCAGGAUGGCGGAGAUCAAGAGCGAGAUCAUGGCGGGAGACGGCGGCCGUGGCGCAGCCGCCGCCUCGGCGAGCCCCGGGCGGUGCCGGGACGCAUGGACGCAUAGGCUGGCCCCGAUUCAGGAGAAUUAGCUAAGCAACCAGUAUGUCUACUAAGUAGAAGUAGUUUAUAGUUAGUAGUACGUACACGAUUUUGUUUGGUCACCCUGCAGCCAUGUGCUACGUAGGAGUAUAUUAGCGGAAAGAGGUGGCAACGGACGUAGUUGCGUACACUUGUUGUUACUGUACUGGUUUCAAUCGAUGUCCUAGUAUACUUGAAUCAGUUAAUUGCCAGCUCGGUAUGCACUGCUGCUUGAAAA